AUGACUCUCAUCUCUGCCAUCUCCUCCCUCGGAAACGUCACCUCCACUAGCUCCAUGUCCAAGACAUCGUUCGCCUCUGGAUCAGGCCAGUCGCUCGGACAGUCCAGCAACCAGAAUGCUUGCCUCCUUGGAACCAUUGGUGUUGGUGUCAAUGCCAAUGUUGCCGCUGCCGUCAAUGUCGGAUGCAUUGGUGUUGGCGUUGGCGUGUCUGCCUGUGUCGGUGCUGUCAUCACCUUGUAA